CUUUAAUAUACCAAUGUAAACAGAUUAUGUAGCAUAACCAAAUAAAUAAAAGCUAUUUAAAUUUUUUUCCAUUAUUAGUGCAUAGUUUAAUGAUUUUUUUUUCUUAAUCUAUCAAAUAUGUAAAAUAAUUGCUCUAAUUAAAUGGUGAAGAUAUUUAGUUAGACUGAAAAUUACAUAUUUUGAUUUACACUAAAUUCUCUUGAUUAAAAUGAAAUAUCUUAAAGAAAAAAUGAAUAACAAACAAUUUUUGAAGUCUGAUUUCUGCAAUUACAAUUCUAUUAGUGGUUCUAACAAAAUCAUUAAAUCUAAUUCAUAUAAUUGUUCACGAGUAUUCACUGUAUUAGCUGCUAUUUUAUUAAUAAUUGCAUUUUCAUAUACUUGUAUUCAAGAAUAUGAAAAAAAUACUUUUGAAAGUCAAUUUUUAAAAAGAGAAAUUAAAACCCUAAAUGAUGGGUAUUUAUCUAAAAAAUUAGAAGAUAAAAUCUGUUCUAUAACAUCGGACAUUGAAAAAUUUGAUUGCUUUCCUCGUGGUAAUGCUAACCAAGAUAGCUGUGAACAAAGAAAUUGUUGUUGGUCACCAAUUGAUUUUAACUCAAAACCACCAUGGUGUUAUUAUCCAAAAAACUAUAAUAAUUAUAUAUUAGUAAAUAUGACUGAAACUAAUAAUGGGAUAAUGUCAUACUUUAGAUUAAUAAAUAAUACAACCUAUACAAGUGAUAUUAAGUUAUUAUGUGUGGAAAUUUCCUUCCAAACAAUUAAAAGAUUACACAUUAAGAUAUUUGAUGCUGAAAAUAAGAGAUAUGAACCACCAUACCCUGAAGUACCUACACAAAAAAACAAAGAACUAUUAAAUUCUGAAUAUACAGUUAGUAUGGACAAAUCUAAAGUUGCGUUUUCUGUCAUAAGAAAAAUUGAUAAUGUCGUUCUAUUUGAUAGUAAAAGUGUUGGAGGAUUUAUUUAUUCAAAUCAAUUCAUUCAAAUUUCAGCUGUGCUACCUACAAAAUAUAUAUAUGGUAUUGGUGAACAUAGAUCUAACUUAACUUUAGACAUGAAUUGGAAGACUUAUACACUUUUUAAUCACGAUAGUAUUCCAACUAAUAAUAUAAAUGGGUAUGGAUCUCACCCAUUUUAUUUGAUUAUGGAAAAAUCAGGGAAAAGUCAUGGAGUAUUUUUGUUUAAUAGCAAUGCAAUGGAUGUUAUUUUACAACCAACACCUGCAAUAACAUUUAGAGUAAUUGGUGGAAUACUGGAUUUUUAUUAUUUCUUAGGCCCAACACCAGCUGAAGUUAUUACACAAUAUACUGAAAUUAUUGGUCGACCUUUUUUGCCCCCUUAUUGGUCCCUAGGAUUUCAUCUGUGUCGAUUCGGACAGACAUUUUCCCAAUUAAUAGAAGUGCACAACAAGACAAUAAAUGCAGGAAUCCCUUGGGAUACACAUUGGAAUGAUAUUGAUUACAUGAAAAACAGAAAUGAUUUUACUUUAAGUGAUGAUUUUGCUAAACUUCCUGAUUAUGUGCAUUAUUUACAUAAGAUUGGAAUGCAUAGUGUUCUUUUACUUGAUCCAGGUGUUUCUUCUAGAGAACCAAAUGGCACUUAUCCUCCCUAUGAUGUGGGUUUAAAACAAGAAAUUUUCAUUAAAAAUUCUUCAGGUCUACCAUUAGAAGGCCAAGUAUGGAAUAGAGAUGGAGGUACAGUGUUUCCAGAUUUUACAAACCCUAAGAUUGUAAACUACUGGAUUGAUCAACUUUCAAGAUAUCAUAAUCUUGUCCCUUAUGAUGGCUUAUGGAUUGAUAUGAAUGAACCUUCAAAUUUUGUAAAUGGAGAUUGGCAAGGUUGUGCUUUUAAUGACUCUUAUAACUGGGAAAAUCCUCAGUAUAUUCCUAAUAUUCAAGGUGGUGUUUUAAAGUACAAAACUAUUUGCAUGUCUGCUGAACAACAUAGUGGGCGUCAUUAUGAUCUACACAACCUUUAUGGAUUUACAGAAGCAAUAAUAACUCAAUUUGCUUUAACAACUAUUAGAAAUACAAGGCCCUUUGUAUUAUCAAGAUCAAGUUUUUCUGGCUUUGGUCACUUUGCUGGUCAUUGGACUGGAGAUGUAUUCUCUACAUGGGAUGAUAUGAGUCAGUCUAUAACUGACAUUAUAGUUUUUAACAUGUUUGGAAUUCCAUUAAUUGGUGCAGAUAUUUGUGGCUUUAAUGGAAAUACUACAGUUGAAUUGUGUUCAAGAUGGAGUCAAUUAGGUGCAUUUUACCCAUUUUCAAGGAAUCAUAAUUCAGAAGGCUGUAUUGAUCAAGAUCCAGUAUCUUUAGGACAGUUAGUUGUAGAAUCAGCUCGCAAAGCGUUAAUGAUACGCUACUCAUUAUUACCAUAUUUAUAUUCAUUAUUUUGGAAAGCACAUAUCUAUGGAGAAACAGUUGUUCGUCCACUUUUUUUUGAAUAUUUUUAUGAUGAAAAUACUUAUGAAAUUGAUAAACAAUUUUUAUGGGGUUCUGCUUUAAUGAUUUGUCCUGUAUUAUCAAAAGAUGAAAUACAUGUCAAUAUUUAUUUGCCAAAUGAUUUAUGGUAUGAUUAUUAUACUAAAGAAAUUAUCAUUAGUAAUGGAAGUGUAUUCACUCUACCAGCACCACCAGAUACUAUACCACUUUUAUUACGUGGUGGUUAUGUAUUACCUACCCAAGUUCCAGCUACCACAACUAAAUUAAGUCGUAAAAAUCCUUUUGGUCUUAUUGUUACGCCUGAUAAAAGCAAUGAAGCUAGUGGGUACUUGUUUUGGGACGAUGGAGAUUCUUUAGAUGUAUGGGAGAACGCUUUAUACAAUGAAGUACAUUUUACUUACAAAAAUUCAGUCAUAAUUAGUGAAGUUAUAACUAAUAAUUAUAUAGAUGAAAAUGUAACUUUGCAUAAUAUCACCAUAUUUGGGGUAAAUGAUGUACCCAAGUAUGCUUGGAUAAAUAACAAAUCGUGUGAAACAUAUUUUUAUAAUAAGACUGAAAAUGUAUUAUACUUUCAACAACUAAAUGUGAAUUUAUUUACUAAAUUCAAUGUUACGUGGGCUUAAGAUAUUUUAUGAAAAAAAUUGUUCUUACUUAUCUCUCUAAUAGCCAUCUAUUAUUAAUAGUUCAUACUUUUAAACCUUAUUAUUAAUAUAGUGAUUUUUUAAUAUACUUACUAUUUUAUUUUGUUGUACAACA